AUGUGUGAAAUAUUAAAUUACAUCUAUAGUGGCAAAGUUGAAAAUCUUGAAUCGAAUACUCUUGAGUUAUUAGCUGCUGCAAAUAGAUUUGAUUUGAAUGGACUGAAACUUAUGUGUGAAAACAAUUUCCUCCAUGGAUUAAAUAUUUCCAAUGCUUCAAGCCUUUUGUUGACAGCAGAUGAUCACGAUGCCAGCACAUUGAAAAUAAAGGUCAUGGAGUAUAUUGCUUUGAAUGUAGCACAAGUGACGGAAACAGCAGGAUAUGAAAAGCUAAAAGCUACAAGACCAGAUUUGAUUGUUGAAAUCUUCAGCUCAAUGAAAAAAAUUCAUCAAGAAACUGGAGCAUCGUUCGCAUUAGAUAUUAAAAGAAAAAAAGUGUGUUGACUUUCCUUUUUCA